AGUUGUGAACAGAGUUUAGAAGAUGCUGCAGGACUGCAGACAAUCACAGGAAGCUGGACCAGCAAUGGCUCUGCUGAAGGUUCUGUUACUGCUGGGGCUGGGUGCUGCAGUGAGCUCAGUGUCUCUGCAGAAAAGAAUCAUUGGAGGUAAAACCUGUAGAGACGACGACCGUCAGUAUCAUGUGAAGGUCUUUGCAACUAAUCAAACAUCAGACAAAUUUUGUGGAGGAUCUCUGAUCAGUAGUCAGUGGGUUCUGACUGCAGCUCACUGCUGGCAGUCAGGUCCAGGAUGGGUUAACGAGGCACAUGUAGGAGUUCAUCCUGUAAGUGCUCCAACGCUGGUUUAUAGAAUCAGUCGACAUGAGUUUUAUGUAGACAGCAACGGUCGUGUACAUGACAUCAUGCUCCUGAAGCUGCCAGUAAAGGUCACAACGAUCCAACCAAUCAGACUACCUGACUGUCCAGAUACUCUCUUACUUGGCACCAAGGUUGAGUUUGCAGGUCAUGGAUCAACACAAGUUGGCCUGUUUAACAAAAGACUCCAUCAGUUUCCAAAUGAGCUUCAGUGUGCAGAGUUAAAGAUUGCCAAACAUGAAAAGUUGGAACUGACAUUGGCAAAACAAAAGAGCUUUAAGCGCACAUUCCAGGAGUGGUACAGUGUGUCAAGCUCGAAGAGGGAAGCAUCUCACGGCGACUCUGGUGGAGGAUUGGUGUUCAACAACAGGCUGUAUGGCGUUUGUGCCUUCGUUGGAGAUCCAGCGUAUGCAUUCAGAGACCCAAUUGGAUUCAUGGAUGUCUGUUACUACAAGCAGUGGAUAGAUGACACAAUUAGAUAACCAAACACUCUGCUAGGUGUCUGGAUUGUGGAUGAAUGUUACCGGCAUAAUAAGUUAAUCUUUAAAUUUCAGUUUUUAGUUGAUUCAUUUUCUGAUUUACAGCUGAAUUGUUGGGGGAUUUAAGUUAUUUUGUACAAGUUAAUCUGCGAUAAUAUCUUAUUUCUCAAUAAGUAAAGCUGCUGUUUGUAAUAAUCAGUAAUAAUAUCCACUGUCACAUGACUAGAAAAUAAAUGGCUGUGAUCUGAA